AUGACCCAGGACAACAUGUAUGCGUGCGAAGACGCUGUCAAAUUCGAGUCAUACAAACCCGUCAUUGAGGCCUACACCAAAGACGCUGUGGCCCAGAUGCAGGUUUUCGAUCCAGCUUUCUACGACAAGUGUGUGGCAGCAAUCCCAUCCACCCAGGUCCUCGACACUGAGCCCGUCGACGCCACUUCGUUUUGGACUCUGCUGUCGUCGCAGGAACAGGCCAUCAUUGGCGACCUGACCAUUGCAGAUCUCACCCAGAAACAGCUCUCGGGCGAGCUCUCCGCUGUGGCUAUCACUCGGGCCUAUAUCAAGGCUGCAAUCGUCGCCCAGCUGACCACCAACUGUGUGAUGCAGUUCAUGAUCCCAGAGGCGCUCCAGCGCGCUCAGGAACUCGACGAUUACUUGGAAGCCCACAACAAGCUCGUGGGACCCUUCCACGGCGUCGUGAUUUCGCUCAAAGAACAUAUGAACGUCAAGGGCAAAGUCACUACGGCCUCCUACGUCUCGUAUCUGGACAACAUCCCCAAAAAUGAAGCCGUCUCCAUCACCAUUCUGCACAAGUUCGGCGCCGUGUUCCACGCGCGUACCGCACAGCCCCAAGGUAUCAUGCAUCUCGACACCUGGAACAACAUCACGGGAAGAACCAGAAACCCUCGUUCCACUCGUUUGUCGCCCGGUGGCUCCUCCGGUGGUGAAUCUGCCAUGGUCGCCAUGCGUGGUUCUGUCAUCGGUGUCGGUAGCGACAUUGGCGGCAGUAUUCGUGCACCAGCUGCGUUCACCGACAUCUUCGGUAUCAGACCAACCACCAAACGUAUCUCCCUCAUGAACGGGUUGUCCAGCGGCAAAGGUCAGGAAUCGAUUGUCGCCGUUCAAGGUCCUCUUGCGAGGUCUAUAGAAGAACUAGAAACCUACAUGCGCGUGUACAUCAACGAGGGACAGCCAUGGCUAUACGACCCACAAUGUGUUCCUAUCCAGUGGCGUGAACCCAAGCUACCUUCUAAAAUCAGAAUCGGAGUUCUGUACGACGACAACUUGGUGACGCCCUUCCCUGCCAUCACCAGAGGUAUCAAAGAAACUGUAGCCAAGCUUUCCGAAAACUCCGAGUUUGAGUUUGUCAACUUGAAUCCCAAGUGGUUCUCAGAAAAGGAAAUGGUCGACAUUUAUACCACUAACCUGCGCUUCUACACUUGCGACGGAAACAAAGUGCAGUCUGAAAUGUGGUCUCCAAGCGGUGAACCACUCUUGCCCCUAACCAAACACUACAUGAACUUUGGAGGCGGCAAAGAGCUUUCCAUCUACGAUAACAAAAUGAUGAACGCUCAAAGAGACGCUUUGAAAGUGGAAAUGCUGCAGAAGUACUUUGCUGACCUGGACUUCAUUCUAUCGCCAAAUUACAACGGGCCCUCGGAAAUUCCUGGCGAGUCGUUGUACUGGGGCUACACUUCGUUCUGGAACAUGUUGGACUACCCAAAUGUCACAUUUCCAGUCAACGUUGCCCACGACGUCGAGAAGGAUGCCAAGAUCCCAGAGUUGAAGCAAAAUGAGUACGAGAAAAUGGUGUGGUAUAAGGAAAACGGCGACAUCAGAUACGAUCCAAAGAGCUAUAUCGGCGGGCCCGUGGCUCUUCAACUUACUGGUAAGCGUUUCUGUGACGAGGAUGUGGUCGCCCUCACCAAGAAGUUUGUUGCGGCCUUGGGCGUUCAAAGGCGCUAA